GGAAGAUGCUACUGUCAGUAUUGUCCACUCAAGAACCAAGAAUCCAGAGGAGAUCACAAGACAAGCAGAUAUCAUCAUUUCUGCGGUAGGCAUGCCGAACAUGGUGCGGGGUAGUUGGAUAAAGCCGGGUGCAGUUAUUAUUGAUGUUGGAAUUAAUCCAGUUGAGGAUGCGAAAAGCGCAAGGGGUUAUCGUUUGGUCGGAGAUGUUUGUUACGAGGAGGCUUGCAAAAUUGCUUCAGCCAUUACUCCUGUUCCUGGGGGAGUCGGUCCAAUGACUAUAGCAAUGCUACUAUCUAAUUCUCUCAGCGCAGCGAAGAGAGUGCACAACUUCAAGUGAGGUUUUCAAUAUUACUGUUUUGAUUCAGUUGAGUUGCCCCAUUCUUAUUUAUGUAGUUUCUAUCGUUAACCGUCGAUUCAUGUAGUUUCUAUCGUUUAAUUUUUUUCAAUAUCUGAAAUUUGGGAAAUAGAAAAUGCAUUAUUUGAUGUGGGGAUGAGUAUUUGUAUGAGUAAUGUUAUAUAAACCAACAAAUAAUUUUUCUUACUCACAUAUGUGACACUAUUAUUUUAGUUGGUCCCAUUUCAGAUACUAAAGUUUUGUUACUGCA